AUGUCCUCCGCGAUUGAACUCGGUGACCGUUAUGCCGUCACAACAGUGCUUGGCAUCGCCGCACUCACCAGUGCCCUCCUCUAUCUCAUAAGCAGUCUCAUUGACAGCCGGAGGGUUUUCUCGAGGUUCAACCGCGCCCCGUCCUUCAGCCAGCCGGCCGAGAAGCCUUCCGUCACUACGGCCGAGAAACAGAGCUAUGUGGACGCGUUCCCGCCGUCUCAAAGAGCAACAAUUGCGGAGCUUGGACCACAAUUCGCGGACGUCAAAGAGGUUGACCUCGCCGUGACGCCGAAGCCUCUGUUGAAAGUGGAUGCCGACUACCGAUCCGCCGACCCCUCUCUGUUCAACUUCAGUGGCUUCAGCAUUGAUGACAUUCAGAAACUCGGCGACUUUCCAGACUAUGCAACUAUCUCAGGUGUUCCGUUGCCGUCGCCAUUGGCAGAUUUUGACAUUGACAAGGCCGUCCCGCGGCCCUACCGACCGUUUAGAUGGGCUUAUCAUCAGACCAUGUCUUUAACCAAGAUGGAAACGGAUUUCUGGAUCGAGCUUGAAAACACAUACAGGGAGCGCGUUGCCGAGCGCAAAGAUCUGUACGCAAAGAAUGGCAGUGAUGUUCUCGAUAGCAUGCCCGGCUCCGAGCUCGCCUGCAAAGAACUUAUGGAAAUGGUCCUUCAGUUUAUCUGCGCAAGAUAUCCCAAUCAAUUCAAGCUCGAGGGUAACAUCUUGCACAACAACAUUCUUGGGACAACGACAGAUCUCUCUGCCACUGAGCCACUGAUUGUGCUCUUGGACAAUGUCCCUGAGGACUUUGGAAUCAUGCUUCGAGAUCACGAGACUGGAAAGUAUGUUCUGAGAGCCGGAAUAAUAUGCUCCUCUGUUGGCUGGAAACUCAGUGAAAAGGUGGGCUUGGGGCUGCCAGGCAUACACAAAGUUGUCCCAGACUACAAAGAAAAGAUGGAAUUCAGCAUGGAUCGAUUCUUCACUAAGAUGCCCACCAACAAACCCAUUCAACGUGGUUCAUGGGGUCUUGAGAAAGGCCAGCCGCUGUAUCUUCCUUCCGAACACCCCGAAUUUUCCCAUCGCGAGCAUCAAACCCCUAGCCUUCAGCCCGAAGAGGUUCACCUACGCGUCGACUGGCAGACCUUGCGCCGCCUCCCGUUGUCUGGCGGCGUUGUCUUCAAUUUCAAAGCCCUGUUCACGCCAUUAACUGAGUUCAAAAAUGAGCCUUAUAUUCCUUCUUUGGUUCUCAAAGUGUUGAACGAGGGUAAGGAGAGCCUCUUGAAGUACAAAGGAACAUGGCAUGUAGAGCACGUGGUAAAGCCGACUUUGAAGGAGUAUGAGAAGUAUCAGGUUGAGAAUGGUCUGAUUGAGAAGGAUUGGGAGCCGCAGACCUUAGCAGAAGCGCCUUUCUUCAAGGGCUGGGAGAAGAAAUGGACUGUCCAAUGA